CUGCGGGCUGUAGCUGGCCGGUUGGUGUCCGUCAGACCGAUUGUUAGCCUGUGGUCUGGGCGACUCCCGGUCGGAUGUGUGUAGAACACGUUGACCGGAAGCGGCGUUGUCCGCGCGCUGGGGUUCGGAUUCCAAAUGUGUAAAGCAUCCAUUGAGCACAGAGGCCACCGGAUAACCAGUAAACUGUAAACCCGCUGUUAUGUAGACGAACAUUGGAGCCGAAACACAACAAUAACUUGUAACUCAAAUGAAAGCAGAAAAUGCUGGAAGCCCUGAGCAGGGCAGGCGAGAGACAGACUUGUAAUUGAAAAUUAGGAAAUGCUGGAAAAGUUGUCUCUGUACAAUUUCGCCUGGUGAAAUGUUGGUGCCAAUACAGCUUGUUUUUCCAGCACUUAGAAAUGGAGAUUUAAGCAGAGUGUAUGUCACGGCCUGCCGCCAUCUUUGUUUCCAGAGUUACUUAUCAACACAAAUCAGUUGGCAGGCAGCAGCCAGAUCCCUGCGAAAGACUUUUCCAAGACCCUUGCUCAAAUGGGGCAAAUCUGAAGACUUAUUCAGUCAUUUCCAUUUAAGGAACUACAGGACCACAGUUGCACAGUUUUAUAAUCUCACUCCUCCUCAAGUUAACAGCAUCCUGAAGGCAAAUGAGUACAGUUUUAAAGUACCUGAAUUUGAUGGGAAGAAUGUUAGUUCUGUUCUGGGUUUUGACUCUAACCAGUUGCCAUCUAAUUCUCCAGUUGAAGAUCGAAGAUGUGCAGCUACCUGCCUGCAGACCAGAGGCAUGCUGCUUAGCGUUAUAGAUGGGCAUGCAGGGUGUGCCUGUGCACAGGCAGUCAGUGAAAGACUAUUUUAUUAUAUUGCUGUUGCUUUGCUAAAUCAGGAAACCUUACUGGAAAUAGAGAAUGCAGUGGAAAAUGGUGGUGUUGUAUUGCCACUUUUACAGUGGCAUAAACAUCCUAUUGACUACUUCAGUAAGGAGGCUUCAAAAAUGUAUUUUGAUAGCUUAAGAACCUACUGGCAAGAGCUAAUUGAUCUCCACACUGAGGAGACCCCUGAUGCAAUGGAAGCUUUGACAAAUUCAUUCAAAAGGCUUGAUAAUGAUAUUUCAUUGGAAGCUCAAGUGGGUAACAGUAGCUCCUUUCUCAAUUAUUGGCAAUUGCGAGUGGCGUUUUCUGGUGCAACUGCCUGUGUUGCACACGUAGAUGGUGUAGACUUGCAUAUUGCAAAUACUGGAGACAGCAGAGCUGUGCUUGGUGUUCAGGAGGAGGAUGGAGCCUGGUCUGCACUCACACUGUCCAAUGACCAUAAUGCACAGAACAAGAGUGAAGUGGAAAGGAUUAAGUCUGAACACCCAAAAUCGGAAGCAAAAACUGUUAUUAACCAAGAUCGUCUGCUUUCCUUGCUAAUGCCAUUUAGAGCUUUUGGAGAUGUUAAGUUCAAGUGGAGUAUAGAUCUGCAGAAACGGGUGCUGGAGUCUGGCCCAGAGCUGUUAAAUGAGAAUGAAUGCACGAAAUUCUUCCCACCUAAUUAUCACACUCCCCCAUAUCUAACAGCGCAGCCUGAAGUCACUUACCAUAAGCUAAGGCCUCAGGACAAAUUUCUUGUAUUAGCCACAGAUGGGCUGUGGGAAAUAUUACAUAGGGAAGAAGUUGUGAGAAUUGUUGGGGAGCAUCUAACUGGUGUCCACCUUCAGCAGCCUAUAUCUGUUGGGGGUUACAAAGUGACUCUUGGUCAGAUGCAUGGCCUAUUAAUGGAGAGGAGAGAACGCGUUUCAUCUGCAUUUGAGGAUCAAAAUUCUGCAACUCAUCUUAUACGGCAUGCAGUUGGCCAAAAUGAGUUUGGGGCUAUUGAUCACGAGCGAUUAUCCAAGAUGCUAAGCCUUCCUGAAGAACUGGCACGAAUGUAUAGAGAUGAUAUAACAAUUACAGUAGUGCAGUUUAAUUCCCAUGUUAUAAAUACACAUUACAAGCAUGCAGAAAACUAAAAUUUAGUCUUUGCAUAGUAAACCUAGGUCAACAAAAGUUUGAAUGCACAAGUUGAGGAAAUUUUACCAGAAUUGUAAUUUAACACAUUUAUUUUUGAAAUAAGCAGGCAUUUAUUGUGGUCAGGUCAUUUGUAAUGGCUUGGACUCUGGAAGUCAGAAUUAGGUAGUUUACUGUUUUAAGUUAAUAAGUUGGAAUAGUUCUGCAAUAUAUAACUAUUUAAAUAAGCAAGAUAGGUAUAAGCUGGUGUGCUUAUAGUCAAAUAUUUAGCUUUGUAUGAAAUGGAAAAUGGUUUGAGAGCCACUAGGUACAAUGGAAUUGAAGAUAAAAUCAUGAUUAUAUACAUUUCUGUGAAUUACAACAAGUUUAAUGAAUAUGAUAUUGUAAAUUUAUAUCUUAUUUCCACGGCAUAGUUCCAGAAGGUGGAAAUGGAACAUAACAGUUAUAGUGUUUGUAGUUGCUUUUGUAUUCUAGUUCAGAUGCUGGUUUCCUAUAAUCUGAAUUAAAAUAUAAAUGCAGGUUGUUUACAGCUGCUAUUUAUAGUCUGCACUGCAGUUUGCAUUUUGUGUUGCAGGAGUAGUUAAGAUAAGAACUUUUUAAAUAGUCUCUUCUAAGAAUUGCAUUCACAAGUUUAACUGUGUUGUAGGAGUUCUUUCAAGAGCAACCAAUUUUCCUGCAGUGAAUGUUGUGAUGCACUUGUUGGAAGGUUGUGUUUGUAAUUUUAUGAUUGUAUGUGGAAAGUAUUGCCCUCUGUUUUCAAUCUUCCAUAGAUUUAUCAUAUAUACUCAGGAGAAGGAUAAGAAAAGGAUGUUUUGAUAAGUUUUAAUCUGUGCUGUAAUUUUUGCUUUACAUAUACAGGAAAGAAAGUUUAACACCUAAGAUCUAUCUUCAGGAGAAAAUUCUUUUAAAAAAAAAUCUGAUUUUUUGGUGUUUUUGAGCUGCUCUUCAAUAUUUUACAAGCAAAUAUGGAGCUGAUAGUGUGCAUUUCAUGCAAAUCUCAGGUCAUUGACAAUCGCCUUUUGAUGGUGGAACAUGUUUGAACGGCCUGGAGUGCUGUAAUUUAUAAUGUUGUUCUGAUUUUGUCAAAUGGCACCAUUGCAACAUAAGUUGUAAACUGACAAUUAUGAAGCAUGUGGUAUCAAUAUGUUUAAACGAUCUUUUAGGCCUCUUAACUAUUAGUCUGUACUCUGAAAAAUCCUAGGCUGAAAUAAUAGAUGAUCGUAUAUUGUAUUGUAUUCAUCACUUGAAUAACUAUUGUAUGUUGUAGGAAAGCCUUGACUGUCCCCUUACAUUUUGUGCAAUUUACAAGCAUCCUACAGGCCAUAUACUUAAAAGCAGGACCCUGAAUUGAAAUACAAUAAGCGUGGUUUGCAUUGGCUUUAUUUCAGUAUUCCUUAUGAUUUGUUUUUUGCCCUCAGCAGUACUCAGCAGUAAAGGAAUCCUAUUGAAGGGAUCAUCAGAGUUUGAUUCUUAUUACAGAUUUUUUGCUAUUUAUGCUGUAGUGAGUGAAUAUGUGUAUGAUAAAAAUAAGUGAGCAAACUACAUAUAGCUACAGCUGUAAAUCGAUUUUGUUAAAGGAAGAUCUGUAUUUAUGUAUAUAUCAAGGUAUACUGUACUAUCUGAAACAUUAAUUCUGAUGUAAUUUUUUCCCUGUAAAAUACAAGGAACUCCAUUACUGGACAUUUUUUUACCCACAAUUCUGUUUUUAUAUUUACAUCAGUAAUAAAUCUCAUUUGACAGCAUUUUUUUCAAAAGAUAAAAUGUAAAUUAAAAAAAUAAUCUCUUAGAGGUACCAUAUUGAAAAGAUAGCUUAGUGUGUAUAUGGAGUAUUGUAAAGCUAUUCUGUCAAUCCAAAAAUAGCUACACCAUAUAUUGCUAUGCUGAUAUUGCACUGACCAUCAAAAGGUGAAUAACUUUCCAGGAUAUUAUAGUGCCAAAUUGAGACAGACAACUUAAGACUUCAAUAAAGUUUACAUGAAUGUGCUCAUGUGCAAAUGGUGGAUAUCCCAUCGAUGGUAACAUUCAGAACAACAGUUACCAUUUUUUCCUCAUUCCACCUCCCCCAAUCACUACCUGUUUCUUACAUGAUUCAAUAUUUUUGCUUCCACUAUGCUACUUGGAUGCCCAUUUCACAUGUUGAUCACUGUAUGCGAAAUAAAUUCCUGGGGGGAAAAAGUCCUAAGCUUUCCUCCUUGUUCAUACCUGUGCCAGUUUAAGUAACUCUCGACCUUUAAAGUCAAUCUUAUUUUAGUGUGACUCACUCCUGUGACACUGAUGCACUCCCUUUUGAGGCAAGAUGAAUCAUUGUUUCUAGUCUUUCCUCAUUACUCAUCACCCCGGCACAAUGGAUCAGUCUCAAAGCUUUUCUUUAAUCACCUUCCAGGCCUUGCAUGUACUAUUUGAAUCAGGUGACCAACAACUAUGUAGGGUUAUGUCUGAUAAGAGCACUAUUCAGUUUAAGCAUCUCAUCCUCUGCCCUAUAUUUUCACUAUAUAGUGUAGCGUUCUAUUUGUCAUUAAUGUUAGUGUGAUUAAUGACAAAACAGCUUAAACAUGUGCAGUAUCUGGGCUCCUGCAUGUGCACAUUGUCCACAUUCUAACUGCUCCAUUGACUGGACAUGUCAAGCAACAAGCAUACUUAUGCCCUUAACUUCACCUUUAACACAAUGCCAUUCAGGUUUUUUAUUACCUAUUAUUUUUCCUUCUUGUGUGCAAUACUUUAUAUUUAUGCAUGUUGAAUUUCAUCUGCACUGUUCAGCCUACUGAUUGCUCUUUAUAUGAUUAUUGAGUAAGACAGUGAUUGAACUUGUAAAACCUGUUACAUCACAGCUCUUCUGUAUCAAAAGGUUUCAUUGUAAAUUGCUGUACUGUGAAUGGAUAAAGCCUGUUACAAGUUAUGCUGAAAGUUUUAUAUUUGAACAAUUACUGAUUGUUGUAGCCUCUGUACUGUUGAUCAUUGUAUCUGCUUUACUGCCAACUAUUUAUGUUUUUUAAUAAAUAUGCUUUAUAAAGACGUUAUUUACUUUUAACGUUUUCUAAUAUUUAAAAUGUACAAUUUUUUGAAGCAUUAAAGUUACUCUUGUGUUGUAA